GCGGCGGUCCGGCCGGGAGCAGGAGGCGGCGGGGAGCGACGCGGCCUCAGCCAUGUCGGUCUUCGGGAAGCUGUUCGGGGCCGGCGGCGGCGGCAAGGCCGGCGGCAAGGGCGGCCCCAGCCCGCAGGAGGCCAUCCAGCGCCUGCGGGACACCGAGGAGAUGCUCAGCAAGAAGCAGGAGUUCCUGGAGAAGAAGAUCGAGCAGGAGCUGGCCGCCGCCAAGAAGCACGGCACCAAAAACAAGCGAGCCGCCCUGCAAGCCCUGAAGCGGAAGAAGAGGUACGAGAAGCAGCUGGCCCAGAUCGACGGCACGCUGUCCACCAUCGAGUUCCAGCGGGAAGCUCUGGAGAAUGCCAACACUAACACCGAGGUCCUCAAGAACAUGGGUUACGCCGCUAAGGCCAUGAAGGCCGCCCACGACAACAUGGACAUCGACAAGGUAGACGAGCUGAUGCAGGACAUCGCCGACCAGCAGGAGCUCGCCGACGAGAUUUCCACGGCCAUCUCCAAGCCGGUGGGCUUCGGGGAGGAGUUUGACGAGGAUGAAUUGAUGGCUGAAUUAGAGGAGCUGGAACAGGAGGAGCUCGAUAAGAACCUGCUGGAGAUCAGCGGUCCGGAAACAGUCCCCCUCCCCAACGUGCCCUCGAUAGCCCUUCCGUCCAAGCCGGUUGCCAAGAAGAAGGAAGAGGAAGACGACGACAUGAAGGAGCUGGAAAACUGGGCCGGAUCGAUGUGACCGCCCCCACGGCGGGCUGGUAACACGCACGGACUUGGGUCCCCCGGGGCAGCGGGCGCACACGGGUGCGAGUGGGGCGGCGGCACGCGCAGAACCAUCCGUCUCUUUUACCUUACCCUAAAAACCGCAGUCGCCGCCCCGCCGCCCCCGUGUAGCAUGUCCUGUCGGAGCGGGGGAGGAAGGCGGGGCGGGGGGAGGGGGGCGGGAGAGGAGAGAGGGGAGAGUCGUCUGCUGUCCAUACUGUUGAAUUUCUGUAAAAUAAAAUAUAUCCGCAAAAUCCA